UAUUUAAAUCGUGGCUGCACCAGAUUUUUUGCAACCAAGGAAACUGAUAAACAGAUAUUACAGAACAGGAAAAGUCCUGAGCAUUUCAAAGAAGGUUCAUUGAAAGACCCAUUGUUAGAUGAUCAAGGUGAUUUCAACAGGAUGUGUAUAGCCAUGAAAAAAAUAGGCCUGAAUGAUGUUGAAAAGUUGGAUCUCUUCAGAGUUGUUGCUGGAGUCCUUCAUCUGGGUAAUAUUGACUUUGAAGAAGCUGGCAGUACAUCAGGUGGCUGUAUCCUAAAGAAUAAAUCCAGUCAAACUCUAGAAAACUGUGCAGAGCUACUUGGCCUUUGUGAAGAGGACUUGCGAGUCAGUCUGACAACAAGAGUAAUGUUGACAACAGCAGGGGGCACCAAAGGCACGGUUAUUAAGGUACCCCUGAAAGUGGAACAGGCGAAUAAUGCACGUGAUGCCUUGGCUAAAGCUGUGUACAGCCGGUUGUUUGAUCACGCGGUAAAAAGAGUGAACCAGUGCUUUCCAUUUGAGACAUCAUCUUGCUUCAUUGGAGUUUUAGACAUUGCGGGGUUUGAAUAUUUUGAACAUAAUAGUUUUGAGCAGUUCUGCAUCAAUUACUGCAAUGAAAACUGCAACAAUUCUUCAAUGAGAGAAUUUAAGAG